AUGAAACACAAACCUCACCAACCACCUCGCCAGGCACCCAGACUUCACCAACCACCUCACCAGGAACCCAGACCUCAGGAUGUGGAGGAAGGAGAAGUGGAGGAAGGAGAAGUGGAGGAAGGAGACCUGGAGGACGUAGUGGAAAUUCUCACAACAGGUCAGUAUCUGUCACUACAGCUUCAGAUCGUAUCUAAGAGUAAUAUUACAACAAUAUUCUUUUUGGGAUUUCACAAUAUGGCCAAAUUUAACCUUUUGGUCUUCUACUUCAUCCUCAUUAUAUAUUGUGUGACAAUAUGUGAAAAUAUCCUGAUCAUCACACUGGUGUCCUACAGCAAAUCCCUCCAUUCUCCCAUGUACUUCUUCCUUGUCCAGCUGUCUGUAUCUGACAUCAUAUUGAUUACUGAUAUUGCCCCGAACAUGCUUAAUAUUGUCCUACAUGAGCAACCAUCCAUAUCUUUUCCUGGAUGCAUCACACAGCUUUAUUUCUUUAUUGCAUCAGGAACAUUUGAAUGUUUUAUUCUGAUGGUCAUGUCCUAUGACCGCUAUCUAGCCAUCUGUUAUCCUCUGCAUUAUGUCUCAAUUAUGAGCCAAGUUCUUUGCAUUACGUUUGUUUUUGUAGCCUGGCUGUUAAGUAGUUCUUUAACAUCAAUUAUAAUACAUGGUGUGUGUUCAUUAGAAUUCUGUGGGCCGAAUACUAUUGACCAAUUGUUCUGUGAUUUUGCUCCUGUGGUGAAACUUUCUUGCUCAGACACAUCCAUCGUUCAGAUGGAGUCCACAUUGCUUAGUACUGCUGUCACAGUUUUGCCAUUUCUCUUUAUAGUAAUUUCAUAUAUCUACAUUGCUUUAACCAUAUUAAAGAUUUCGUCCAUUUCAGGGAGACUGAAAUCCUUUUCUACUUGCAGCUCCCAUCUGACAGUUGUGUCUAUAUUUUAUGGGACUCUAAUCUCCAUGUAUGUCCUUCCAAAUGAAGGGAAGUCACAGAUGAUCAGUAAGAUACUGACUUUGAUGUACACAGUGUUUACUCCUUUUAUAAACCCUUUUAUAUACAGUUUGAGGAAUAAAGACAUAAAAAAUGCUUUAGGUUAUAUAAUGCAUAUUAAAAAAAGUUUAGAAUAUCAAUGUUAA